GUAAAUAUCAUAGAGAGGAGAACGUGAGUUGUGGUGCAGUAAAGUGAGUCAUUGCUCCAACUGAUUUGAUGAGAACACAUUCCACUUUUUAAAGCUUCAAUUCACAUCGGAAGUUAUACCCAGUUAUCAUGUGCCGCUCAGUGGUUAAAGCACGUCACAACAACCACGAAGACCUUGACAUAGAAUAUUUUGCUGGAAAAUCAGAGAAAACCAAUCAGGAUCAGGAAGCCAACUCAUCCGUUAAAAGGGACCCAGGCAGAAGAAAAGAAAAAUCACGUAAUGCAGCUCGCGAACGUCGGGGAAAGGAAGCUGAGGUGUUUUCUGAUUUGACCAAUGAAAUCCCACUGCCCCAGAAUGCCACUGCUCAGCUGGACAAAGCCUCCAUAAUGAGGAUCUCCAUUGCUUACCUGAAACUCAGGUCUUUAAUGGAGCAAGGAGCUAAACCAGAGCCCCCAAGAAAUGCCCUGGAGAAGAAAGCGGAUCAAUUAUUCAUGAAGGCUUUAGAGGGGUUUCUGAUGGUUAUUUCCAAGGAAGGUGACUUGGUGUAUUUGUCUGAGACUGUCACCAAGUAUUUGGGGCUAUCAAAUGUUGACUUCAUUGGGCACAGCCUUUUUGACUUCACACACCCAUGUGACCAUGAAGAAAUGAGGGAAAUGCUCCUCCCAAAUUGCCAUCACCUUAAGAACCCCAUGGACAAACGCAUUUUCUUCAUGCGUAUGAAAUGCACAUUAACAAGAAAUGGCCGAAAUGUCAACCUGAAGUCAGCAACGUACAAGGUCAUAAAAUGUUCUGGACACCUGAUACCACACACAGAAGAAUUGGCCAUGAAAUUAGGCUUGAAGGAUGGAAAGGAUCUCACUUGUAUAGCAUUGAUAGGGGAACCUAUACCACAUCCAUCCAACAUAGAGAUCCCACUGGAUAGUCGCACAUUCCUUAGUCGCCACAGCAUGGACAUGAAAUACACUUUCUGCGAUGACAGAAUUCAAGAACUUGUUGGAUAUGGUGGUGACGACUUGAUUGGGAAGUCUGUCUAUGAGUUUCACCAUGCUUUGGAUAGUGAAGAAAUAGAAAGAUCAUAUAAAACUUUGUUUUCUAAAGGCCAGACUGUGACUGGGCAGUAUCGUUUCCUGGCCAAAGAUGGCGGUUUCGUCUGGGUGGUUACAGAGGGCACUGUGAUCUACAACAGUCGUAACCAAAAACCACAGUGUGUAGUCUGUGUCAACUAUGUUCUUAGUGGUAUACAGCAGGAGAAGGCCAUCAUGUCCAACUUCCAGAGCACUCCAGAGUAUUGGCCGGUGGCAGACGUAGGCAUUUCACGGAAAACUGAUAGAAUCUGGGAGCCAUUACCAGUUGAUGCUAGUGGCACAAAGAAGGAAACUUCUACUUGGGCAGAUGAUGAGGAUCUGCUUCAAUAUGCUCCUGCCUUUGGAGAUGCCUGUAUUCCCCUGCCAAUUCCAUCCAGCUUCUCUGAAGAACUGUUUGAUAAAGGAACCAGCAUGUAUGAUGGGCCGUUUUUCGAGGAUGACCCUCUGUGUCCCUACCCAAUGAAGAAGGAGCCAGAUGCUAGAAAUGAAAGUUUCAGGCAGUAUGUUCAGCGCAGCAGCGAAUCUGUGUGCGACAUGGACAGCAAUUGUAGUUCCACCCCACCGUCUGAGCAGCAACAUGUUAGCCCAGCUGAUACCCCGGCUCCCCCAGAGGCUCUCCAGACACCGGUUAAUCUGGACAGUGUGAUGUUGGACAGACUGAAGGUCAGCGAGACUGGAAUCUAUGUGGACACCAUGGACAAUGCAGACGAUGAUGAGAUGGAGAUGUACAUGAGGGCCCCCUACAUCCCAAUGGAUUCUGAUCAAGACUUCAGUCUGUUCCACUCCAGCUUACUACACCCAUGUGUGCCAGACAAUGAAAAUACUGGGGAUCGCUUUGCCAGAGGCAGCCAAGGCAAUGCUCUCCAGCGUAACAAAGAUCCAAAUUCUGCCAGUGGUUUGAAGACCAUGUUGUGUGGCCCUCCUCCUGUCUCCAGCACUCGCCUUGCAUUUCUGCCCAAGACAAGCCAGCCCCCAGAGCCCACUCACCUGCCACCUAUGACCAGCAGCACAAGACAAGUUCUGUCCAGCAAUAAAUCCCUGGCCUCUGCCCUGUUAGAUAACACAGGCAAAUUCUUGGUCAAGCGCAGAUGUCCACCACCAGCACCACCACCAGAUGGCAGCCCUGUUGCAGCCCCUCCUGCACACAGUAACUUGUGGGUUCGUGACAAGCACCCACUGGGACCAGCAGAUCUACAAGAGGGACCGCCACUCUCCAAAGUCCUCAGACUGGACACAGGUCAAGGACAGACAAGGAAGGAUAAAGUUUUAGCUUCAGAACAAGAUCAGAAGAGCACUGUUCUUAUGAACCUUCUCCUGCGUGGGGAGGACCAAAACUAUGGCUACAGAGUUCAUUCCCAGCAGCCGCAGACCACCCAUCAGAAACUGAUCAGACCAACCCAGCAAGUGCUUAUGGCUAGAAGAUAUGAUAAACAUGAGACAUGGGGCCCCCAUCAUGAACAUAGCAACCAUCACCACCACCACCCACAGCAGCGACAUGAUCUAUUUCCAUCCAUAACUGAAACCGAUAUUGAGAUGAACACGGCUCCUCCAAUGACAGCACAUGUGGCACACUUGCUCAGUGGAGAAGAACUGUUGAAAGCACUGGAUUCUUCCUCCUCUGCCAGUGGUGGGCACCACCACCACCACCACCACCACUUCUAGCUGGUCACCAUUGUCUGAGUGCUACAGCUAUUCUAAAAGGGUACAAGUUAAUAGAAACCAGGUGUAAUUAGUCUUGUAACCUUGUAUAAGUCUUAUAACCUGGUAUAGGUCUUGUAUUCCACUGAUCUCAUACUGAAUAUACGCAACAUGCUCAUAGGCCGAAUUAUGCUACCAAGCUGCCGAAAUGAGCACACAUACUCCUUGCUGUAAAUGUGAUCUCAUUCACAAAAUUUGCAACAUAUUUCCAUAUCCUGGGUGACAAACUUUAUACCUAAUUAAACUUGGUUCCUUAACCCGUGAUACACUGACAUUUGGUGACACUGGGAUCACUUACAGUUAGUGCUUGCUAUGUGACACAGGUAACAUGUGACAAUAUUGGUGGUUAUUAACAGUUGGUGACACCCUUUUCAUUUUGACUGUCAAGUGACAUGAAUGCUAGUGCCUGAUUAUAUUUGACACAGGUGGUUUUGACACUAGUGUUGCUUCCUGACUUGUCACUUGAUGCAGUUUGUUGACUCCUGAUACCUGAUGAUACACAAUUGAAAUUAGCUGAAACUUGUAUGUUAAGUGACGUGUAAGGCAUUUGGCACAUGUGCCAUUUCUAUAAAGUAGUUGUGACUGUCAGUUGACACUACAGGGAGGCUGUUAGCACCUGACACAAGUGGCCUAUAGUGACAAUGAUAAGAGGUUGGUAACUGCCAGAUUGGACAACUCGAAUAACACAACAAAUACACUUGACAUUUACAGGAGGGAUCAAUAUCUGUAGCUGUCUAAAGCACAUUAACCUUUACUAUUGUAAAUUGUUUAAGUGAAAAAUGGUAUGAUUUCUAUACAUUAUAUAUUGAAGUUAUAAUUGUAUUAAGUUUGAUUGUCAUGGUGUGAGAUGGUGAUUGGACUUGUAAAUACUGAGAUGCAGGAACAGGAAAAGAGAUUUGUCAGUGCUUUUUUGUUUUUGAGUUCAAGUGCUUGUUAAAGAAAGGAUUCAGAUUAAAAGUUAAAGGAAUUGUGUUGCUUCGACAAUUAUCUUUACAUCUUAUAUGAUAAUAAUAUAAACAGACUCUGAUCCCAUGGUCUUUUAGCACUAUUUUAAUGUACUGCUAAGAUGUGGGCACCAGACCAUUAUUUUUGGAUUGUUGUUUUUCGUAACAAGGAUUUUCGAAAUAAGUGUAAAGGUAGUGGAUUUGUCUGAUGCAGUCUGUCAAUAGAUUCAAUCUAUUGACUGGAGUUUUGAGAGGAGUUUAAGUUCGCUCUAUUAACUUUAUUAGUGACAAUUUUAAGUGUUGCAUAUUACAUCUAUUACUCUGGUAGAGCACCUUGAAAUAAUAUAUAAGAGUUUAGCCUGGUAUAUAAACUUUUUGUACGUACACUUGAACAGUGUAGGUCUUUUAACUAGGAUAACAGUUGGUAUUUAUAAGCAUCUGCUUAGCUAAGCUGUAUAUGUAAGCUUUAUAGUGCAGGUAUAAGAGAAGUAUAUGUGGCCUGCACCUACAUGCAUAUGCUAAGAUAUAUUUUAUUGUAUAUGUGAAGUUUAUUUAUCAAUUUUAUCGCAAAGGGCAUUGUUUUUAUUUAUUUGGUAAUUUCCUUUUCAGUUCAACUGCCGUGUCAUGCUGGUAAUGCUGAACUUGACUUUGCACACACACUAUUUAUUCUACCAGUUUUUGCUGAAUUCAUUCAAUAUCAAGUUGAAAUUGAAUCCAGUUUGUUUGGUAAACUUUUCACUACAGCAUAAAAUUCUAUAGAAAGCAUUGGUCUAAAAUGGAAAAUCUUUUACCCACAAUUUAUGGAAUGAUGCAAGAUGGAUUAUCUCCAUAAAAUGUAGAUACUUGUGCAUGCAUGCUUGGUAUGCUUUAUAUUAUCGUUGUUAUUAUUAUUAUUAAGUAUAUAAAAACAUUUUAAUAUUUGUUUCAGCCUUUAUGUACAGUCCACAUAGCUAAUAUUCUGUCUGUCAAUUAGAUGUUGUUUUUGGUUAAAAGUUAUGAAAGAUUUAGCAAUCAAAGAAUAUAUGCCAUCAAAAAGUUUAACAACUAUUCGAUUUUCAGUCCCCCCCCCCCCCCCAUCCAGAUCAAGUGACAUGCUACAGAUAAUGUUACAUGUAAAUCUUUGUUGUAUAUCAUAAGUGAUUCUGAGACAGUUAAGCUUAACGUGUAUAUUUGAAAAAAAAAAUAGUUCAUACCUGUGCAACAUGCUUUUGAUAAAUUGCUGUUCAUGUUGAACAGAAAUCUACUUUACCACAGUUAAUAUCACAUGUAAAAUACAAUAUAUUUUAGAUAAUAUUAAAUACCUUAUGGAGAAACUGCAUCAUUGUUCUUUAACCUCUUUAGUGAAUUAGUUUCAGACAUGAACUAAAAUUUUUUUUUUUUUUUUGUAAAAUUAUAACAAUUAUUCAAGAAAUGAAUUGUUUUAGAAUGCAUUUUUCAUUAAUAACUUGAGUUCUUUGCUUUUGAUAAAAUGCAUUAAUGAGUCUCAUUCAAAUUUAAGGUGAGAAGUAUGAUUAUUGUCUCAUUCAUGUUUAAUGGAGACAGAGUUGACUUUUGAUCUAGCAUUGUUAGAUACAGAGUAUGUAAGACAAAAAAAAACACAUUUUGAGAUCAGAUACCAUCGAUUUCUUUUAUUACAUGUAAAGGUUGAACCAGUCUG